AUGAAGAUCACUCCUGCUGGGUCACCAACCGGUCAGAAACAAUAUCCGAAGGAAGACAGCGCAACAGUUGAGAUCUCCACGGCUUCUGUUCCCAAGGGAGGAUUCUCUAUAUUCUCCGUCCAGAAACAACCGGACACCGGAACUUCUCCUGUAUCUGAUUACAUCAAGACAGAAGACAAAGAGACAUUAGCUUGUGAAGAGAAGCUUGCUGCUCCAAAAGGAGGAUAUUCUAUCUUCUCUGUCAACAAGCAACCGGACACCCUGACUUCGCACAAGAAUUCUGGCGUGGAUGUGACAGAUCAGACAGAGAAGUACACAUCUGUGAAUAUGGAACAACCCAGUCGUAACAACGACUUCAGCUUCCUGCCAAAGAUCACACCAUCCAUCGAAUCCACUGUGUCAUCUUCUCCGAAGACUACCAAAGGAUCCAGAUCUGAUGUCCAACUGACCCAACCCAGUCAAGAGCCUUUGAAGACUAAUGCUUAUUUGGACUCGGUAUCUGAUGAGAAGGUGCUUGAGGCCAGAGUUGCUGAGAAUCUGAAACAGAUCGUCAUCAAACCAGUAGAUGACUCCAACCUGGACAAAGACACCGAUGAAUCCCGAUGUUACACAGAGAGCAUAAGCCAGGUCAACGGCGUUGCUUCUAAAGCGAGGAUCAUUAAUGUUCUACCAGCUCAAGAGCCUACCUUGCAGAUAAUGACCCCUGAGGAAUCCGAAUCCGAUACUGCUCUGCCUGACAUCCAAAGCCAGAAUAACGGCGGCAAUCCCAACGUAAGGGUCAUCAAUGUUAAACCACUGAAUGAGCCUUACCUAAACAUCACUUCUACCAGGGAAUCCAGAUCUGCCAACCAGGCUGUUAGGAAUGACAGUUCGACCGAUGCAUCGGGCAAGGCACGCUUGAUCACCAUGAGACCAACCAGUGAGCCUCUUAAAACCAGGGCCAAUGUGGUUUCUGCUGCUCGAAUCCAGAAAGUCCUUGAUGCUACAACCGAGGACGUUCCAGAUAUCAAAUCGCUUUCUGAUGACAUCACGGUCGUCUCGCCAAAGCCAUCUUCUUUGGCAACAAAUGACGUGCUCGAGAUCAAGAACACUGGAUCUCUUGGUGAUCAACUGAAGCGGGAGUUACCGGUCCCUCGUCCAAAAAUCCAGAACUGGACCACCGAGCCCCUAAAGCAGCCAAAUGACCUUCUCACCAACGUCGGCCAAGGAGAAGAAUUUGAGAAUAAUCUCUUCGAAACAGAUCAUGGACGUCCAUCUUGUCCAAAAGAGCCAGAUAAUGAUGCUUCAAGAUCUGAAGACAUCAUCACUGCUCCUGCUGUUAAUGGAGGGGAUUUUUCAAAGCCUUCUAAAAAGACCAGGAAGGAGCCUUCCCAGAGACGAUUUCCAAAAUCAACCACCCUGGGAAUGAUUUCGGACACCUCUUCUGAUAACCAACAAAUGGCAAUGGAUCCAAAGACAAAGAAGAAGAAGCUCAAACGAUUCCUGAAGCUCGCACGCAGGCACAAGAACAAGCCUGCGAAGGCAGAAUAGGAACAAAUUGCUUCAACUAAUAACGACCUUAAAAACAAACCGGAUACUUUUGGGCCAUAAACAAACCUUCAAUUGACUUGAAAUAUUCUUUAAUAAGAAACAACGGGAUACUUGGAUCAUGAAACAAACCUGCAAAAAUAGAAUAUUGACUGGAACUAAUUGCUUCAACCAUGCGAUGA